AGCAUUUGUCAAUCUGGUCACACGUAAAGAAUUUUUUGCGAAUUUCAUUUCAAUAAAUUUGAGUAGAAUUACAAAUUUAGUGCUAGAAAAAGCCAUUUAAAGUGUGAUCCUAAAGCAAUAUAUUCUAGCACGUGUUCGUGGCGUGGUGCAACUAUAGUAUUACAUAUUAACAACUGUUUCCGAACGCUGACCCGGAUUCGGAUGUCGGCGUCGCAACGCGGCGGGCACUAGCAAAACAACAAAUGCCUCAAAGCAUUACGAAGACCAUAGAAUAGAGCACUGAAAACGUUGUGUGGGCCAAAGUUUUGCAAUGUGUUUGUAGUUGACCAUCCCACGAAUAGACAGCACAAUGUCUAGUUCGGUAUUCGUCGAGGCACCGAGUGCCAGACGAGCGGCUGAGGGAGAUUCAAAUCUGGUUGUAGUCUACAGCAAAAAUGGCAUCUCUUUCGAUGAGCGUGCCAUGGAGAACCUCAUGGAGGAAAAAUCGAUUGCAACCAUCAGCGUGGUGCGAAUCACUUCGCCCACGCCUAGCAUGGUGGACCAGGAGGAGGCUGAACGCUUAAAGGAACUAGAGCAGUUCCUAGAUGCUGCGACGGACUCUGAGUGGGACAGCGACAAUGGGAGCCAAAGUGGCGGCGAUGACGUCAAAAGCGAGGUGGACCACAAUCCCCCCGAUGAUGACAACAACACCGACGACGAGGUCAACGAUGACUCUACAGAGACCGAAACGGAGGCUCCCAAAACCAGAAAGCGUCCGGGCCGCAAGCCAAAAGUAAUCAAAAAGAAGAAGCGACGCAAACCAAAAGAACGGCCGCAGAUUGUGGGCCUGCGUGUGGAGCAAUUCUAUGCCGAGGGCACUGCCGACAUUCUUGUUAAGAAUGCCCUAAAGCUCGCUGGCUUGUCCAUAUUCAAGAGGACACCGGAGACGGAUGCUGUCCUGGAAGUGAUCAAAAACGAUCACAAUUAUACACCCUUCACUUCGCUGGAGCAAAUGAAACUCCACAAGAAAGCCGAGAAAAUAGCCAUGGAAAAGCAAGCUCAGAGUCGGAAAAUCGUUAUGCAAUCACCGGGAAAUGUGAAAAUAAUCAAUGCCAAAAAACGAAUGCCGGCCAUGCCCUUCACUCCAUUGCAAGCCAAGGUCCACCGACUGCCCGUUCAGCCGCCGCAGCAGGAGCAGCCGCUGCCACGCAAGCACCAGCCGAAGCCAACGCCGACACUGCCACUGCCCCGAGAGCGGCGAGAAAUUGUUACAAACUCUAUGCUAAGUGCCCGGCCAAGGUCUGGGCGUAGCAUCGUCAAAGUAAUGGCUCCCGUGGACGACAGCAUAGAAGAUGAUGAGGAAGCAGAUAGCUCGGAUCCCGCAGAGGACGAGAAUGCCGAUAAAUUGUACGACACCGAAGAGAUGAGCGAGGAGAGCGACGAUUUUCAGGACACGGACAAUGACAGGGACAGUGAUAUGGACUUCAAGAUGCGGCACGACAGUCGCAGCUCCAACAAGCGGAAACGGGCGAGAAAGAUUAGCAGUAGGCCGACCAGACAGUCGAAACCCUUGCCACCACAUCCUGCACCGCCGCAGCAGCAGUUCCCCGAGCUCAAGCGGCGCAAGGAGCAAGUGCUACUGCGUAGGGAACAAGUGGCGCAGAGUGCGCCGCAGCGCAGGGAGCUAGUGCCACAGAGUGUCGCGCAGCGAAGGGAGCAAAUGCCACAGACUGCCCCGCAGCGUAGGGAACCAGUGCCACAGAGUCUUGCGCAGCGUAGGGAACUAGUGACACAGAUUACGCCGCAACGUAGGGAUCCAGUACAACAAUCUUCCGCGCAGCGUAGGGAACCAUUGCCACAGAGUUCCGCGCAGCGUAGGGAACUGGUGCCACAGAUUACCCAGCAGCGCAGGGAGCUAUCGCCACAGAUUAGCCAGCAGCGCAGGGAGCAAUCGCCACAGAUUACCCAGCAGCGCAGGGAGCAAUCGCCACAUAUUACCCAGCAACGGAAGGAGAUGGUGAAACAGACUGCCCCGCAGCGGAAGGAGCAACUGCCACAGACUGCCAUACAGCGUAAGGAACAAAUGCAGCCAGCUGCAACGCAGCGGAAGGAGCAGCAGAGUGCGCCGCAGAUUGGACAGAUUAUUCAACUGCCAACCCCAAAGGCGCCGCCCACUGUGAUACCAUUGGGCAGAGGAAUCACCAGCACUUCAUUUCUUAAAAUACGACCAACCCAUCAGACGCUGGCCAUGAGGAAACCACCGCUGUCCAGCGAAGCGCUCGGACUGGCGUCCACAGGGGGCAAGGUGCGUCGGACACCGCUGGUGCAUGUGGGAAAAGUUUUAAAUACUUCAGCGCCUAGUGGCUACAGUACACCGCCUCCUCAGGACGUGAAGGAAAUUAUAAUCAACAAGAACACGUCUAGCCCCAAGGGAGUUUUCACCAAUCUCAACAGUUUGCUGGGCGAGAAUCACGCGGCCAACAUGAAAUCUUCGCCCGAUCCACAUAGGCAGCGAUCCAACAUGUCGCCCGUCACUCCGCGUUCCAGCUAUGCGGCUAAUGUGCAGCAGUCGCCUGUUGCUGUUGCAGUUACAGUUCCUGUACCAGCCAAGGGCUUUAUGCCCAUCGGCGUGGGCACGGCUCAAUCUCAUAAGCUGCCCUCACAGAUUGUCAUCGAAACGCAUCAGAGCUCCUCCGAGCUGGCCGCCGAAAAUGACAAGCAAUUGGACCUCAUCGAUUCGAUAGUGAAGGAUGAACUACUCAAGACGACGCUCGUCGAGCAGCCAGCAGUCGUGAAUGCAGAUGAAAAUAUACCAAAACUGGUCAAGAUGCUGGAGAGUACGGCAUCGGUGCUGGAUCAGGGACCAGCAGCAGCAGCAGCAGCAGCAGUGGUCGCCGCAACAGUAUCAAUGCCAGCAGUAAAACAAGACGAAAUCUUUACGGACUACGUCCAACCGGUGGUCACUCAGGGUCUGUUGAAUGCCGUUGUGCCAGUGGAUGAUAAUGAUGCCAUUGACUUGGACACUGCCCGUCUGUUGAAUACUCCAGAUGAAGAUGCCAUCACGGCUGACUUCCUGCAGCAUGUGGUUGGUCUGAUCGAAGAGGAUAAGCACUUUAAGGCUGAGGUGGAGAAGCAAGUGCUGGCCAUCGCCGACCCUGGCGGUCUAGAUGCGAUUGUGUCUCUACCUCCACCUGUUGAGGCACUGGUCCACCCUUCUAUUAUGCAUACGUCUUCUUCUGAGCCACAUCCACCUGCAGUUCUCGCCGAGCACAGCCAUCUGCUAACCCCCAUGCCCAUGGCCUGCAGCACACCAUCGAGAAGCAGCGCAGUAACCGCUCCAGCAUCAGUCGGAGCACAAAUGCGUCCCGAGGGUAAGGUUGUGCGUGGCAAUGGACGAGUCAUUUACCUGCCCCCCAUAGAAGCCCCGACAACACGCGCGAAACGCCGCGCACAAUUCACGCCCACAAAUUCUGCAGCCUCAAGUUCGGGGGAUCUGAAUCUGAGCAGUGUGACGAUUCUGGACGUCACGUUGGAUAGCAGCAGCUUCAGCAACGAAAGCCAAACGCCCCACAAACCUGGAGUCGUGCCAAAGCGUGCCAAUCCACGAGAGCCAUCCCUGGCGAGACGCUCGACUGUGCCCAGAAGAACGAAGAAGUUAAAUGCGAGUCAGUCGAAUGACACCGAAGCCUCAGAAUCUCAGGAGGAUGAUGAUGACCCAAACAAGCUCUGGUGCAUUUGCCGUCAGCCACACAACAAUCGGUUCAUGAUUUGCUGUGACUUGUGUGAGGAUUGGUUUCACGGCACCUGUGUGGGUGUCACCAAAUCCAUGGGCAUUGAAAUGGAGCAAAAGAGCAUCAUGUGGAAGUGUCCCAAAUGUGUUAAGAAGCAGGAGGAAAAGAACCAACCAAGGAUUACGGAUAUGUUGAUCAUGAGGCCGGCCAUUCAAACAGAGGAAACCUCAAGCGAAACCAAAGUUUUGACGGAGCCUGUUGCUCCACAGCCCAAUCGGACGCUGCCAAUGGGCGUUACUGUCGCCACUGCGCCUUUGCGUAGUUCCUUGACCAAGCGAAUGCCAACCAAUCAACAGCAGCCGCCGGGUAAAAUGAUGCUACAGAAGCCACAGCAGCAGCAGCAGCUACAGUUUGUCAAAUUAGGAGCGCCGAGUGCCACCAGUUGUGUGGUCUGCAGGCGACUGACAGCUGGCUCCCAGUCUGUUUAUUGUAGCGAUGAAUGCAUACGAAAAUAUGCACAAAACGCAGUCCAGGCGCAGACGUCUGCCAAGAGUCCCGACAGUCCGGUGUCGCCGAUGUCGUUGGACAUGCAAUCAGCGCAAAUGAAUUCCCCAAACAGCGCAGAGGCAGCCAAGAGGCACAAAAAGAAGGAUCUCUUUGAGGAUGUGUUGCGUCAGGCGGACGCUGUGUCGAAAAUUGAGCGGAUUAAUGUGAUUGAGCGUAAGAGUGGGCGUGUCAUUACUGGCCACUUGGCACCCAUAGCUCAGCAUUUCAGAAAAUGGCUACAAGACAAUCCCACCUUUGAGGUGCUGCCUUCGGGUAGCUUUCAGUCCCUAGACACAGAGAAGCGUCAGUUCAAACGGAUUUCGGAUACCCCAGCAACCCCCGAGACAUCCCCAGCGGUUACUAAACUGCCCACAAGUGCAACGAAGGUCCAACAGCAGCUGCGAGUAGCCACACCACCCAUUCACGCCCUGCCCAAAAGAGAUAACAACAAACCGCUGGCCCACGUGGUCGCGCCACGAUCUCCCAGCAAGCCCGAGCCCAUACGGCUGAAUGUGCGACGCACGCUCAAGGAGCAGCUGCUGGCGCGCAUCAAGGAGGCUCAAGACGCAGAACCGGGCUCAAGCUCAAGCACUACCACGCAAUGGCUGACAGCUAUUGAGGCGGAGCAGUUCGUCAAGAGUGUGGAGUCGGAAAUGUAUCAUUCGUUUGGUUGUGAUGUGGGUGCCAAGUACAAGUCGAAAUAUCGCUCACUCAUGUUCAACAUCAAGGAUCGCAAGAACAAGACGCUGUUCGAGAAGAUCUGUGCCAAGCAGGUGGAGCCCAAGCAACUGGUGGCCAUGACGCCCGAGGAGCUAGCCAGCCAGGAGCUUGCCAAGUGGCGGGAGGAAGAGACGCGUCAUCAGCUGGAGAUUAUUAAGAAGUCAGAGCUAGACAUGUUGUCCUGUACGCAGAACUAUGUGUUGAAAACCCACAAAGGGGAGGAGGAGAUUGCACCCAAAUUGGACGUAACUCUGCCUGAAGAGUCGUUCCUGGAGUCGGACACAAAGCACAACUCUCAGAUGAGCGAUCACGACAGUUCCAGCAAGGAUGUCAGCGUAGAGCAUGCCAGCUCUAGGGAAAAGUCCGGUUCGUCCAAGGAGAAGCGGCACAAGAGCCACAAGCGACAUCACCAGCACAAGAGAAGUCGCAGUCGUUCGAGCAGUCAAACGCGCAGCCUUGAGAAGCGACACCGAAGGCACCACAACGAUGUGGAGACUGGCGGGGAACGAACACACCGUCAUCACGAUAAGCAGCGUAGUAAAGAUCGAGAUGAACGUAUUCCAACGCCAACCAAAAGAAGAGAGGAGAAUGACCGAGCAGCCUUGCCUAGAGAAAAGAAGCCAGAGGAGACCAGAGGAGGCACUCGUCAUGCCUAUAACCUGAUUGAUAAAACUCUUGAGUCUACAAAGACCAUGGACAAUUCUCCCAAGCAGCAGCACCCUGUCAAGGCUAUUCCCUCAACGACAGUCGCUGCAAAGGCUGCCACACCUGCAGCCUCGCCAGUUAGUCCGGUGGACAGCUACACUCGCUAUUUGCAAGGUCUGCCCAAACGAACGCUGUGGUCCGGCAGCCUCAGCAUGAUAGAUGUGGCAAACUUCCAGGUGGUGGCACAUCCUCUUCUCAGCAAUUCGCAUCAACUGCCCAAGCUAAUGCCCGUCAAACUAGAUGUGAUUGGCCGCAUAGCACGCCUCAAUGUCUGGGAAUACAUCAAGAAGAUCAAUAAGAUCCCUACCAAAGAGGUUGUCUUAGUGAAUCUGUUCCCAUCCGGACCGAGUGAGAUUAAAAAGUUUGAUCACUUCUUUGAAUAUCUGGACUCGCGGCAACGGUUGGGUGUGAUUCAGGCUGAGGCGGAUCAGAUUCGAGACUUUUACAUCUUUCCGUUGGGAUCAAAGGAUAAAUUGCCCAGUGUGCUGGAGCAUAUCACAGAGCUGGUGCCCUUCUACGAGGACACGGAGAGGCCCAAUACACUGAUGGGGAUUAUGGUGCACUGUCUGCCAACGUCUUUGUCUGCUCCCGCGACCAGCAGCAGCAGCAGCAAGGCAGCAAAGAAGUCACGCAGCACAACAUCAUUUACACCGCCAAGUAGUCCCAGACGUAAGCCGAGCAAUCACUCGACCAGCUCUAAGGAUGACGAGUUCGAUAUUGAUGCCAUCAUCAAAGCACCCAUUGCAAAAAUGCGAAAGACUGCAACUGUGCCGCCAGCAGUGCCAAUGCCAGCGUUGCCAGCUCUGAAAGAUGACGCCAAUGAACCGUACUCGCCAGGCGGUAGUUCCGGCGAUGAAUGUGUUACGGCGCCAGCUCCUGCCAGCAGUCUGGCGCGACAGAUGGAUGAGUUAAACAAACAAAUCGCUGCACAGAAAUUGGAAAUUGAGGACCUGCUCAAUGUGGAACCUUCUGGAUCUGCCCUAUCCAGAAUAUCGUUUCCACCAGAUCUUCCAAAGAUCCUGGCAAGCAUUAAGGACAAAUCGGACUCUGCGGCGAAGGUUGGGGACAGUGAGGAAUACAAUCCCGAGGAUGCAAUAACCACACUCAGGCCAUAUGCAACGGCAGCAACGACUAAGAGCAAAGGCCGUUUGGCGCAUCUAAGUGAAGCUGAGCUUCUUAGCAUGGUGCCGGACAAUCUGGUAGACUUGGUGCCACCCACAACUUCAAAGAACCGACUUCAUAAUCCCCCACCGCCGAAUACUUAGGGACCGCGUUUGAAAAUGAUACACUACUCCGUGGUCUUUCGUUUUUCUCAUACUUUGAACGAAGCCGUAGCAGAGCCAUAGCUGAAAAACUAAAAAGGACUUGCUCUGCUCUGCUCUAGUUUUUUUGGGAGCAAUAGCUCAAAGCUGGCUUCUGGGAACGUUUGGUUCGCACUCAUCAAGCGAGGAACCUGCAUAACGGUGCCUUAUGAACCAGAGUGCGAAGAAAACGCUCACAGAAUCGACGCAACAACAAAAACACCUGAGAGCCGUAGUUUACCGUAAUUUCAAUUAUUCUGCUCUCAUCCGCUAUUGCUCCCGAAAAAACUACACCAGAGCAGAGCCUAAGGCUUUCUCCCGUUUGCGGCUAUGGCUCUGCUGCGGCUCCGUUCAAAAGUGAGAGCGGUUGCGAGUGCUGCUCCGGAGUAGUGAAUGCGAACGCUGCUUAGGAAUGCGUUCGAAAUAAUUUUAGUGUAGUUUUAGACGCGAAUUCUUGUACGAGUAUUUGUUGUUAGUUUCGGAAAAGAGUUCAAUAUUUCAUUCGAAAUUAUAUAUUUCGCCCUGUCACUCCCAUUCACGUGUACAUUCUCAUACAGCAGCGAUUUGAAUACCAUUUCUGUAUUAUAUAUAGCAAGCAAUUGGAACAAAUAGUUCUAACUGUCCUUAAAAGUGAAAAAACAACAGUAGGAAUCGGUUUUCAAAAGCAUAUCCAAACUCCCUUUUCUCCCCAUCAACAAAAAUUGUACAUUUCCUCGAAAAUAAAAACCAAAACUGUUAAGUAAACUUUUAUUUAAGGAUA